AAUUUUAUUUUGUAAGUUGCCGUGGAUUAAGAAUUUUGAAAAAGAUUAUACAGUCAUGUAGUACUAUUAUAUGUGAGAAUUAUUUGAAUUUCCUACGCAUGUGCAAAAUCUUCCUAUACAGGCCGUCCUGUUCAAUUUGCGGCUUCAUUUCAUUCUCGCCCUGUACUAUAAGUUACAGAGUUUCCAGACCUGUUUAUAUAAGAGUUUAGUUUAUAUAUAAUUAAUUAGUUUAUAUAAGAUCAUGUAUCAGAUCGUGGAAUACACAUGGUUAAUGGUUAUAGUUAUAACCAAUAGCUAACUUGUGGGUAUCGUAAAUCGGAUUACACGUGCUUCGUACUAGAUUAUCUUUAACGAUGAAAUGAUACAAAUGAUUCGGAUACAGUGAAUUAAUGACGUCCAUUUUGUUUGAUUGACUUUCACUGCCACCUGUCAAUUGGUUUACGAGUCAGGUUUUAUUGUAUUCGUUUUGUGCAUUGCGGGCUGUCGUUUUAAUGUGAUGCCAGAAGAGACAAAAAUUGUUUAACACUACAGCGAGUGCUCUUAAAAUGCAUAUUCAUCGAUAUAAAAGUUAUUUUAGUGCCGUGACGUCAUUAAUCGACGAUAUGGUUUAACAACACGAUAUUCUAGUUGCAUGUAUUAAUUACAAAUAACCUUUAUUACAUAUUUUUCCUGUAAUAUGGCAAAGACUAAAACAAUCAGCAAAGGCUGCCCGAAAUGUGAACAGCAGGUACCCGUGGCUUGCAAAGCAUGUCCAUGCGGACAUUCAUUUUUUAAUGCAAGACGUAAUUCCAUAAAAAGUCCUCCUAGUCCUGACAAUGGGGUAAUGAAAACUAGAAGAACCAAUCGAAUCAAACGAGAGAAACCAAAUUAUUACGAUGCCUUGGAGUAUGACAAACAGUCGAAGAAAAGUGCUAAAGAGCUUGAAUCAUCACAGAUUAGAAAAGCAACAGAUGCUGCUAGCGAUAUAGACUGUAGGCAGUUAAACAAAAAGAAGAAACGAAAGGGGAAGGGUAAAGGAAAGAAUGGAAGCAGUAAUGGGAUAGGGGAUGACGACGAUGAGAUGGAAGGAAUCAAUGGUCUGUCGCCAGAGAAACAGUUGACAUGCUCUUUAAUACUGCAGGAAUUAAACAACAAAAUGAGAGUUGUCGCCUGGAAACCGACAUAAGUUUUCUAUAUUCUAACAUAUUUCUUAUAAGAAUCGCCAGCAUUAAGUUAGACUAUAUAAUCUUUCAAAAUGUUAUCUCUUCAUUGCGUUAUAUUGAGAAUAGCAUUAAACGAACUAAUAUACUGUAUAUAAUUUUUAUUAGAAAUAUGUAUAAUUAAAGUGUUUUUUAAACCGUAAGAAGUUUGCGUGAUCUGUGACGAGAAAUCUAUUUUGCAGUAGUCAAGGUUUCAAUUGGAUUAUCGUUUAGAAAAAUGAUGAUCAUAUACGUGAAAAGAAUAUAACUUUUAUUAAAGAUCGCUGUAUUCAAUUACAUCUGUUUUUCGUAUGAAAAAUAUGUAUUUCCUACUAAGAUCGUUUGUUUCAUCGCAGGACCUGCCGCAACUCUUCGUUUUCUACAAAUAAUCAUAAUAUAACAUGUAAAUAUAUUGUACAUAGCAUUUCGUAUUGUAACACAUAAGGCAAAUUACAACUGUGAACUAUUUCUGUUUUUUCUUUUUUACGGGUGCAGUUAUUUACGAUGUAUAUGUGUACGUAACAUUCUCUGUCUGAUAUUCAUUUUUAUAUCGAACGUAAAAUUGUAAAUGAUAUAAUGUAACGUGUUCGUUUACCAAUAAAACGAGAGUCAGAGAGUGA